AUGGUGCACCUGAAUGGAGACUGGUCCAAGAAGUACUGUUGGCUUAAAGAUGGUACAGUCGUUCAGAAACUGGAACUUCGGUCCAGAUACUGGUGCAAUGCUCAGGUAGAUGGUACACUUGGCUUAAAAAUGGAUUUCUUGCUAAAAUGCUGGUCGUUUCAAAGUGAGUUUUUAAAAAUUUACUAUUUACUGGUCGAUAAUUUUUUUUUCAUUUUAUCGCCCGGUCAAUAAGAUUUUGAAACUUUUUAAUAAUUCUUAAAAUUUUUACGGUUUUAGAUAUUGACCGGUUGAUAAAAAUUUUUUUAUAUUAUCGACCGGUCGAUAAAAAUUUGAACUUAUGGCAGUACAAAAAACGAGUAUGCUUGCUAUUAUAGAUUUUUUCAGAUUGUACUUGUAAAGCUAAUGGUCGAUUUGGUUAUUGAUGGAAUUUUCAAUUGCGUGGUUUAAUUAUCGACCAGUCGAUAAGGGAUUGGAAGCUUGGAGAUGGUUAUUAAUGGAAUUUUAUUUUUGGUACGGUUGAGUUAUCCUAUGGUAUGUUUGUUUUUGGGUUUUAAAAAAUCGACCGGUCGGUAUUUUUGAAAAAAAUAUUUUUUUUUUGCCUUUUUAUCGACUGGUUGAAAAAUUGAAAAAAAAAUAUUUUAUGAUUAUUUUAGAUUUUGUUUUAUCGACCGGUCGAUAAUUGAAAAAAUGGUUUUUAAAAUUUUUUAUAUUUUUACUUUUAGCUAUCGGUACAACCGACGUCUUAACCGAGAGUAAACGCUUAAGGUAUUCUGAUUUCUACAAUGGCAAGUAUUGGAAGCUCUGUUUGGAGAUGGUUAUUGAUGGAAUUUUCUAUUUGGUACGUUUGCCAAUCUUAAGGUAGGUUUAUUUUUUGGGUUUUAUAAAACCAACCGGUCGACAUUUUAAAAAUACUUUUUUGAUCUUUUUUUUGAAUUUUUAUUGACCGGUCGAUAAUUUUAAAAAUUGUUUUUUUUUAUUUUUUUUUGUUUUUAGUUUUUUAUCGAACGGUCAAUAAUUUUAAAAAUACUUUUUUGAUUCUUUUUGGUUUUUUUAUCGACCGGUCGAUAAUUUUUAAAAAUACUUUUUUGAUUCUUUUUUGGUUUUUUUUAUCGACCGGUCGAUAAUUUUAAAAAUACUUUUUUGAUUUUUUUUUGGUUUUUUUUAUCGACCGGUCGAUAAUUUUAAAAAUACUUUUUUGACUUUUUUUUGAAAUUUUUUUUGGCCGAUCGAUAAUUUAAAAUUUUUGUUGAUUUUUAAAAUUUUUUAUUUUUAGCUACCGGUACUAUCAUGGACUAACCCAGAGCAAUCACUUACCGACUUCCGACUGA